CAAGAUAACACAGUCCUAUCCAAGUGUUUCACUGGCUGUGUGUUGCCUGACAAAUGGAAGCCCACACCGAUCACGCAGAGGAUGUCGACUAUGGCAUGAAAACGCUUGCCUCCGGCGGUCGCUUUCUCUUCUUGAUGCUAAUCGUCCUCAUCUGCCUUCACCAAGCUUACUCCUCCUUGUGUCGGAGCCGUCAUCGUCAUGGCGGAGGCCAACGGCGUCUCCCCCUUCAUAUUUCCUCGACCAUCUCAGCCACCGCCCAGAGCAAGGGUCGUCUAGAUCCUUCUCUUUUCAAGUUCCUUCCCACAUUCACCUACUCGUCCACCAUUCACCUUCCACUGAAUGAUUGUGCCAUCUGCUUGUCGGAGUUGCAAGAAGGAGAUGAAGUUCGCACCCUCCCAAAUUGCAGCCACAGCUUUCACUCUCACUGUAUUGAUACGUGGUUUCGUUCUCACUCCAUCUGCCCAGUGUGUCGAUCCCUGGCUGAGCCGUCGCAAACUUUGAAACAAGCCUCUGUUUCCAGGGAUAAAUUUGUUUGUUGCUUGGAUCUUCCUCUAGCGAUUAGGUGUCCUAGACAGCCACCGGAGGUGAUGAAGAAGACGAGCAUAAUCAUAGAGGAGCCACUAGACGAUGCGAGCAAUCUGAGGAGGACAAGGCCGUCGGGUGCACGAAUCCCCACACCGAAAGAAUAGGCUUAACAAGCGCAGUAAACCCAGAUUUGCUUGCAUCAAAAUAUAAAACACUUUUUUAAAAAAUUAAUUUUUUAAUUAAUUAAUUUUUAAGUCAUUUAUAAUUCAUUCCCUCAAUUAUAAUUUAUAAUAAUUUAAUUUUUUAAUUAUAAUUUAAUUUUUUAACUUUUAAUUUAUUUAUAAUUUAUUUUUUAUUUUUUUAUUUUUUUAAAAACUAUCCUUAUCAAACAGGAAGAUAAAAAAAUAUUCAUAUUUUAUUUUAAAAUAUCAUCCUCUUAUUCUUUAACGUGAGAUCUAAACUAACAUAAAAAUAAGAGCUAAUAAAAAUUAAGAGAUUGAGUCAUAGCAAAAUUAAAAGUUGAAGAAUUAAGUUACAACAAUUCAUGAAGAUUUAAGAAUUAAAAAAUUAAUUUUUUUCAAUACUUUUAAUUAAAAAAUAUUUUAUUAAUAAUCUAUAUUCCAAUAUAAAAAAAUCAUAUUGUAUGCUACUUUUUUAAUAUUUUUUAUAAAUAAGAUAUUUAACGAAGAACAUUUGGAAAAGUUUUGAUUUUUAUUUUUAUUUUAAGAAAUAAACUUAUAAAAUAUGUUUAAUAAAAUUUAUAGAUACAUUUGACUUUUUAUCUGGUUUAUAAGUUAGGAUGGAGACUAGUUUCUAAUGUUAAGCAAAUACACACUACAGAGUAGACUGGAGGUUGGUUCAUUGUUUAAAUUGUGAUAUCAUACUUUAUAUCUAUCCUAGUUUUUUUUUUUUUGUGAAUGAAUGAUUGAAAUUAAUUCUCUAUAUGUCAGUGUGUUUAUUUCGUUAAAAUAACACGACAAGACGGGAGAUUUAUUUUAAAAAUUUUAACAAGAUUAUCAAUGUACAGAUUAAAGUUUGAGGAGUCAUUCUAUAUGUUGAUUAGCAGCUCAUUCACUUGGUUAAUCGAUAUUUCAAAUACAAAAGCCUUGCGUGAGUCCCUUAAAUUCUGACCUUUGCGAGUGCUAGCGGCUCACCCGACGCUGUCUUGAUCGUGACGGGGUGGCGAUGAGGGCGGGGUUGUGCCUGUGCUGCUAGCAGAGUGAGAGAGGGCAUGAGAACGGUGACGAGGAUGAAGGCGAAGGGAGCGAGAAGGAGAACAACAGCUGAAAGAGACACGCCGGCCUCUCGCGCUACAUCGUUACAGUGCACACACCUACAUUUCCUUUCGGAGGGGGUAAAAAAAAAAAAAAUCCCCCCAGAAAAUUCCUAGAUCCGUCACUGUUUUUAUCGUGUUGAAUACGCAAGAAUUGUCUUUUAAUUAAAAAAUUAAGAUUUGGUGACUCCAUA